AUGGGCAGCGGGAACGGCAGCGGCGCUGUGGCUGCGGGGGAGCCGUGGGCUGUGCCGCCGUGCGACGAGCGCGUGUGCUCGGCGCUGCCGCUGCGGGCGCUGGUGCCGGUGACGGCCGUGUGCGCGGCGCUGUUCUUCGUGGGCGCAGCGGGCAACGCGCUGACCGUGCUGGUGGUGCGGGCCGAGCGCGGCGGGCGCAGCACCACCAGCCUCUACGUCGGCAGCAUGGCCGUGUCCGACCUGAUGCUGCUGCUGGGGCUGCCGCUCGACCUGUACCGCCUGUGGCGCUCGCGGCCCUGGAUCUUCGGCGCGCUGCUCUGCCGCCUGUCGCACUUCGUGGCCGAGGGCUGCACGUACUGCACGGCGCUGCACAUCGCGGCGCUCACGGCCGAGCGCUACCUGGCCGUCUGCUUCCCGCUCAAGGCCAAGGUGGUGGCCACCAAGCGCCGCGCCAAGGCCGUCAUUGCCGCCCUCUGGGCCGUGGCGCUGCUCUCGGCCGCGCCCUUCCUCUUCCUUGUGGGGCUGGAGCCGCCGGCCGCCGGCAACCUGAGCGACCUGGGCCGCGAGUGCAAGCCCACGGCGGCGGCCCAGGAGUCCGGCCUGCUGGGCGCCAUGUUCUGGGUCACCACCGCCUACUUCGUGCUGCCCGUCGUAUGCCUGCACGUGCUCUACGGCUUCGUGGGCCGCCGCCUCUGGAGCAGCGAGAUGCAGACCCGCGGGCCCCGCGCCGCUGCACGCCAGCGCGGACAGCGCCACACCGUGCGCCUCCUGGCUGUGGUGGUUCUGGCAUUUGUAAUUUGCUGGUUGCCAUUCCAUAUUGGCAGGAUCAUAUUUAUAAACACUCAGGAUACCAAGAUGAUGUUUUUCUCCCAGUACUUCAAUAUAUUUGCUUUUCAGCUCUUCUAUCUGAGUGCAUCCAUCAACCCUAUCCUCUAUAACCUCGUUUCAAAAAAGUACAGGGCAGCAGCCUACAAACUAUUGCUGCCACACAGAUCUGGACAAAGUGCUUUUACCGUUACGAGAGAUACUGGAGGCUGCACAGAGACCAGUGCCAGCAUCAGAAAUGAAUACAUAACCACUUUCUGAGACUGGUCUGCUGAUUUCACCGAGGCACUUUUCAGGAUACUUUCUGUAAGUGAAGGGCAGUUCAUUUUAGCAUUGCAGUUAUAAAAGGAUGGGCAUUUAUUGUUACUUAUGAAUUUUAUUCUCAAGUGGUAUUUUUCCUUAAUAUUUGUUUUUUGUGUUAACACAGAAAGUUAGCAAUAUCAAGAGUAACAUGCAACUAAUGCAAAGCAAAAGUUGUCAUUAUUACACCUGUUGUCGUUAUUACGCCUCAGUUGUCAUAUGUAGCUACGUACAAUUUUAAGGACUCAAAGCUAUGGUGCCAAAUAGGGAAGCUAUGUUGUUCAGUAACUGAGAGAUUCCAAGAGCUUUUACCCUUUUAAAACUUAUUUCUCACGAACAAAAUAAAUAUGCAGGGGCAAGGAUCCAUCACCAUGAAUGUCCUUGCAGAAAUGGCCAAAUCCUGCAAACAGGAGUAAUUGGUCCUGUGAAUAAUAUUAGUGUAUUCUCCCCAGUUAAGAGCUACUCCUGUGCACACCUGUUUGUAUAGAUCCCAAGGCCCAGGAGAUCUCUAUACAUGAACCAGUGCACUAUGUCUUAAAUGAUUUUUAAAUCCCAACAUUGUUGAUUAUCUCCUUACUAAAUAAAUUGAAAGAAUUAGCUCAAUUUAAGUUAACUUGCUAACUAUAACUGAGCCUACAAGUUCUAAAAACAAAUUAGUUGGGAAGAGCAACUUGAAAAUAAGUUAUUAUUACUUCCAAAGACUCACAAUAUGUUGCCUAUGCACAAAGAAACUUGACUACACUAAUGGAAAUCAGGAACAGUUCCAUAGUAACUAAGGGCACCUAUACAUGAGUGGAAAGGCUGCUCCAACUCACUGGAAUUCCAGCACAUCAGAGCAGACUCAAUUAAUCGAGUCUGCUGGAGUGUGGCAAUUGCCGCACUCCAACAGCCUCCCGCAUCUUGUGGAUCAGCAUCCCCAUGCUUAAAAAUGGUGAUGGAGCGUUUGAACUAAAGUUCGUUGAACGUUG